UCUAUUUAAACCUCCUUUCUUUACCCUGCAGCGAGCGCCUAUUUAUUUAUGUAUUUACCCAUGCAUCUGAUGUGAAACUCAUUUUUUUCUACAUAUUAUUAUUAUUAUUAUUAUUAUUAUUUCUACAUGUUCCUCAAAUGAGAAGACGUAGAAGAUGGAGCUUCAUAUUCUAGAGCACAGCCUGAAAGUGGCCAGUAUAGAGAAAGAAGGGAUCCAGGUCUGCACCCAUGGAUUAAUAAAACUCGCUUUCUUGGCCUCCAGAACAAGAUGCAAGUUCUUCAGUUUGACAGAGACUCCGGAGGACUACACCAUCAUCGUGGACGAGGAAGGCUUUAAAGAGCUGCCUCAGUCGGAGCACAUCAGUGUCGCCGACGCCACAUGGUUGGCCCUCAACGUGGUGUCGGGCGGCGGCAACGCCUCCAACUCGCAACCCAUCGGAGUCACCAAAAUCGCCAAAUCAGUCAUCGCGCCGCUGGCCGACCACAACAUCUCCGUGUUCAUGCUGUCGACGUAUCAGACCGACUUCAUUCUGGUUCGAGAGCGAGACCUGCCGAUGGUCAUGCACACGCUGUCUUCAGAAUUCACUUUGCUUCGGGUCGUCAACGGAGAGACGGUCGCUGCUCACGACCUCGGAGUCACCAACGGCUUCGUGAAGCCUAAGCUUGCGCCCCGUCCCAUCAUUCACCCGUUGUCUAGUCCCAGUAACAUGUUCUGUGUGACCAGUCUGGACCCGGACACACUGCCCUCUGUGGCCACGCUGCUCAUGGACGUCAUGUUUUACUCCGGAGGGUCGAAGGAGUCUGCAGCCUCCAGCGAGGACUCCAGCCACAUCCGCUUCUUCUCGUUCUCCCUGAUCGAGGGCUACAUCUCUCUGGUGAUGGACGAACAGACGACUCAAAGGUUUCCCAACAACGUCCUCUUCACCAGUGCUUCUGGUGAGCUCUGGAAGAUGGUUCGGAUCGGAGGACAACCUUUAGGGUUUGACGAGUGCGGCAUCGUGGCUCAGAUAUCAGAACCUUUGGCGACGGCUGACAUUCCUGCUUACUACAUUAGUACCUUCAAGUUCGACCACGCACUGGUUCCUGAAGAAAACAUCCAAAGCGUGAUCGGAGCUCUGCGGACCAAGAGCACGGCUCAGUGACGGAAACCGCCGUAAAAACCGAGGAUCGUUUAUCGUGUCCAAAAAGUGCCAAGAGCUCAUGAGAGGACUUCUGUGGGUCGUUUUCUGAAAGGAAAGGGAUCUAACCACAGAGCGUUGGAGGCGGACGAGGACUAAGACGGAUUGUUAGGGCUGCUUUCUCUCCUCCCCCCCUCCUCCACCGUCGGCUCUGGUAGUUGUUGCUUUAGUUCACCAGACUGAAUAUACGUUUUCUUUUCCUCUCUGAAGCUGCUUCUUCCCACUCCCCUGACCCCCAUGAGCACCAUACUGUAUUAGUUACAUAACUCCUCUCAUGGAGCGAUGACGAAUGUACU